AUGCAUGCCACUCGCCAAAUAUACCUACCAACUGAGAUCGUCGUGCAGAUUGUCUCCUUUGUCGCCGCCGACGGAUCCUGUCGGCAACAGUCUCUGCAUGCCUGUUGUUUGGUGUCGCACCAGUGGUACUCGGCGGCCAUCACUCUGCUCUACGAAAAGCCUCAGGUGGCCUCCGGUCGGGCGUUUAAGAAAUUCACCGAUACCAUUAGCCCGCCUAUUGGCGUCCGGAGGAGCAAGUUGAACCUGGGUAGUCUGGUUCAUCGCCUGGAUCUGAGUGGCCUCGUCCAUCACAGUUCGAACAGUCUCACUGCGAGAUUAUUGGGUCGCGUCAAGGAGAAUCUGGAGGUGUUUAUUGCGCCAAGGGUUUCAUUUUCGAUAAAUAGCCUUCCCGCGUUAUCGAAAUGCGUCAACAUCCGCACCCUCGAUCUGUCCUUAGUGGGGGAUCCGAUCCCCUUUACGAAUCUCCAUCAAGCCAUAAAUCAGCUUCGUAAACUCGUGACGCUCCGACUCCCCCGAUCCACCAUCCUCACAGUCCCCGAAUCCUCCACGAUAGAAUGGCCUCCUCUCCUGCACCGUCUGCAGCUCAGCGGCCGCUUCAAUCCACUCGUCAUGCCCACCUUCACCUGGCCACCGUCCCUCACCAGCCUCAGUCUCAAGAACUGCUCCGACCUCUCCGUCAGCAAUCUAGGUAGUCUCAUGAGCAGCCCGCGGCUGAACCACAGUCUCCAACAACUCACCAUCUCCGGCGCCAACCGCGGCCUUCAGACCGAAUCCAUCAAUUCCAUCCUGGCCUUUCUCCCCCGUCUCAUCUCGCUCAGCAUCCCCGGCGAUAUGGUGGAGGAUACCUUUUUCGAGAUCCUAUGCCACAUGACUCCGCCAGUGUCACUCGAGGUGCUGGAAUUCGCAUACCCAAGUCUAGCCCCUAACCUGGUCUUCUCGACCGAGUCGCUGAUCGCGGCGCUACAUAGUGGACUGGGGAACCUGCGUGCUGUGGGCUUCGCUGAUCUGUUUUGCACUGAGCUGCGCAUCCUAGAAGAUGAGGAAGUUGAUGAGAUUCUUCAGAAGCAUGCCGCACAGCGACCGGGUCUCAGUGAUGAUCUGCUAGUGGGUGUGUAUUAUAUAUGA